GGGGGGGGGGGGGGGCUGUCUUGGUCGGCUGUCAGAGAAAGUUGAGUUCUACUCCUUCUAAAUGAUAAGGUUGCUUUCACCGCUGUUUUCCAUUUUUGUCUUAUCUCGAGCACUUCCUUUUGGCGUACAAGUCGGGCAAACAGCACGACGUGGCUUGAGCCUUGGUCGACGAGAAAAGGAUCGCAGACUUUCUUGCAGCUGGCCUUUAUUCAUUCUCGCUGCCAGCCCUGCCAUGUCUGAAGGAUACAAGAGUGCAAUUAGCCUUGCCACUGUCCUACGGGAUGGCUCUCAGCCAUAGGUUAACAAGACCCGACAGACGCCCGACGGAUGUGGAUCAGCAAUCGUCGCGCAAAGCGGGCGGUGGUGAUCGGCCACUGUCAUACAAUGAAUACCGGGAUAGGUAGAGCCGGCAGGCUAGGUAAUUGGGUUAGAAUUAGACAUCAACACGGGGCUGCGGACGCCUAAUACCAAUACCAAGUGGGCAUGUGACAUUUGAGGGUCUUCUUGUGGCCGCAGUUUGCUCUCUGGUUGUCAUCACCUGUGAUGUGCCUAUGUGUCUCUGUACUCUUCUCCUGCUCGUUUGUCUAAAAUUUAAAACAGGCCUCAGUCUGGCUAUCUGGCUAGGUAGUUUCUAUUCGGAUUAUCGCGGGUAGAUGGAGAGUAGGCUCGGGUAUUAUGAAGUACGUCCUUACCUGUCG